GUUUUAUUUCGAAUUGAUUCACUUUUUAACAGUACGUUGGAAAAGAAUCUUACCUAAACAAAGGUUUUUAUCCUUAGUAUUAGGUUCAAAAUCAAGAUUUUUAUCCACAAAGUCAACACAGCAACAUCAAUCUUAUACCAACAAAACAGUUAUGAACAUUUUACUUUAUCGAGAUAGAGGUACUGCUCCCAAUUCUGUACGUCAAACCUAUCAAUCAUUGAAAGCACUCCUUGGACAUGCCUAUGAUAUUAUACAUGUAGAUGCAACUGUGUUACGAUCUGAACCUUGGGAAACUCAUUGUGCCAUGUUAGUGAUUCCUGGUGGUCGAGAUCUUCCUUACUGUCAAGAUUUACAAGGUGAACCUAAUCAACGGAUUCGACAAUAUGUGGAAAAUGGUGGUCGUUAUCUUGGUAUUUGUGCUGGUGCUUAUUAUGGAUCUUCCUUUAUAGAAUUUGAAAAAAAUGAUCCUAUCAUGUCUGUCUGUGGUUCUCGUGAACUCAAGUUCUAUCCUGGUGUUUCUCGUGGUACAACUUAUCCUGGAUUCGUCUACAAUAGUGAACUUGGUGCUCGAUCUAUACCCAUUUUACUAAAUCAAUCUCUUUUAUCCCCCUUUUAUGAACAAUCCCUUGGUAACAAUGCACAUGCUUUCCUCAACUCAUCUAUUCACAUGUACUACAAUGGUGGUGGCUACUUUGUUCAAGCAGAUAGAUAUGCUAAAGACAAUAAUAAUAGUGGUGUCAAGGUAGAAGUCCUCGCUCGAUUCGAAUAUCCUGGUAUUUGUACUGAUGAAACCCAUCCUGCAGCUGUGGUACAGUGUCAUAUUGGUCAAGGUCAUGCUUUAUUGAUCGCAAUUCAUCCGGAAUACGACGCUGUGCCUAGUGAUUUGGAAAAUCCUGAUGCUACUGAUGCUCUCAAGGCGAUUAUCAAAGACUUAAUUCAAUCAAAAGUAGACCGUAAAUUGUUUCUUCGUGCGGUAUUUGCUCGUAUGGGAUUGCAGGUGGUACCUCUUGGUCAUGGACAACAAGUGUUAAUGGAAAAUCAAAUCCUUGAACCGACUCCUUUCUAUUUGGCAAUGCAUGAAUCAGCAACUACCUCAACAACGAUGCCGUCAACAUUUACAACACUCAUAGAAAAAUGGAUGGAAGCAGCAAGUCCGGUAUCCAAGAUAUUGGAAUGUACACACGAUGCGUUUUAUCUAUCAGCUUUAGACACCAAUGACAAUGAUAAUAAAAAUACAGCACUAGAUUUGAUCUCAUUGACUCGAAAACAGCAGGCAAAACCACCCAUCAUCAAAUUAUUAUAUCUGACCGAACCCUCUGGGAAUGGAACAACCCAAUACCGAAUCAUACCGCCAAUCCAUCUGACACCUUCUUUCAAUCUGGCACUCUACUUUGAUUUGUUGAAUCAAUGGCGAAAUCACUAUCAUCAGCAUCAAAACAAUUCUGUUCACUUUUUUGGGAAUACCAUAUUAUAUGCUCAAGUUGCGGAGAGUACACAGACAUUAUUGGAUAACAAUUUCGAUUUUACAAAAACUUUACCCACUGGAUCUGUCUGCUUGGCUGCUAAUCAAAUCGCUGGACGAGGAAGAGGACGGAAUUCUUGGGUUUCUCAGAAUGGUGGACUUCAAUUUAGCAUGAUGAUUCGACAUUCGACAAGUUAUAUGAAUGCACCAGUGGUUUUCUUACAAUAUUUGAUCUCUUUGGCAGUGGUGGAAAGCAUUCGAAAAAGAUCUGGAUACGAACAAUUACCAGUUUUUUUGAAGUGGCCUAACGAUAUUUAUGGCAGAACUGGGGACAAUAACGGUUUGAAAAAAGUGGGUGGAUUGCUGGUCAAUUCACAUUAUAUGGAAAAUGAAUUCACUGUUAUUAUUGGUUGUGGUCUCAACGUUUCGAACAAAUAUCCAACAACAUCCAUCAACGAAAUUAUCCAAGCAUAUGAUCGAACUCUACCUUUACUAUCGUCUGAGGAUGUAUUGGCAGGCAUCAUAGUCUCAUUUGAAUCCUUAUAUAUGCAAUUUUGUGAACAUGGAAUUGGAUCUUGGUUCUUGCAGCGGUAUUAUCAUUAUUGGUUACACAGUGAUCAACUUGUGACAUUGAAGACACAUAAUAAUGCAGUGGCAAAGAUCAAUGGCAUUACAAGUGAUUAUGGAUUAUUAGUGGCUUUAGACUUAGAUAAUGGAAAACGUUAUGAAUUACAACCUGAUGGAAAUAGUUUUGAUAUGAUGAAAGGUUUAGUAUCAAUAAAAGAAUAGAUUUGAUUGGCUAUCGGUUAAACUUAGAGUUGAGUCUCAGAAAUAAAGUUUUU